AUGUCAUCCAAAAAUAAGCCUGCAAUCCAGAGAAUUGCCGAGCUCUGUCAUGCCCCUUCUUCCCUUCUCUUCUUCUCCUGUGUUGCUGCUUCUCUUCUUUUUAUAUCACAUGCAGGAAACCUCAGCUUUGCAUUCCCUCCCAGCAAGAAUUUUAAAAUCGAAAAUGAUGCAUACUUUCAAGGAGACAAGCUCAUACAACUGACCAAGAAUGAAGCAACAGGGAACCUAAACAGUAGCUUAGGCUGGGCGUCUUACAAUAAAUCGGUUCCGCUUUGGGACAACUCCUCUCAAGCUCAGGCCAACUUCUCUACCCACUUUCAAUUCAUUAUAGGGAAGGGUAAUAAUAUUCAAAGGGGUUUUGGAGACGGACUUGCCUUCUUCAUGGCGCCUUUCGACUUGGAACAGCCGUUGGACGCUACAGGAGGAGGCAUCGGCCUCUUUAACGCCACAACUUAUAAGGGAUCAUUCUAUCAGAUGGUUGCUGUCGAAUUUGACACUUACCAGAAUGGUUUGGAUCCAGAUGAGAACCAUGUAGGUGUUGACGUCAAUGAUAUUUUUUCCAAAGUAAACGUAUCGGUGACAAGCAUAGCUGCAAAUUCUACUCUAUGUGAUGAAAGUCUCAACAAUGAAAAGAGAUGGGACGCGUGGGUAUAUUAUGAUGGGUCGGCAAAGAGGCUGCAAGUGUUCCUCUGUUAUUCCUGGGAAUUAUCAGCUGUUGCAACUCCAACCAGCUCUCCCAAUGUAAAUACCUCUUCCUCUCGAAAUCCCAGAAACAGCGAGAAAAAAAAGUGUUAUUUCUGGGUUAUAUUGAUAGUAGUCAUCAUCUGCAGUGCUCUCGCCAUAUGCGGUUUCGUAUUCAUUGGCUGGUGGCGGUAUUUCAGAAAAAGUAAACCCGGUGGUGAGGCAACUGAAGAGAGCGAUGUGGAGCUGGACCAAUGGUUAUCUCAGGCCCCCCGAAAGUUCUCUUAUGCGGUACUCUGUACUGCGACAAGAAACUUCAGCGAGAGUGGAAAACCUGGGCAAGGAGGCUGCGGGGGUGUCUACAAGGGCAUUCUGCCCGGCACAAAGGAUGUGGUGGCUAUAAAGAAAGUAUCCCCAGGUUCAAGUCAAGGAAGAAAGGAGUAUGUUUCUGAGGUUACAAUAAUGAGUAGGCUGAGACACCGCAAUCUUGUGCAGCUUUUAGGAUGGUGCCAUCGAAAGGGCGAGUUACUACUGGUCUAUGAAUACCUUCCUAAUAGUAGUCUGGAUAAUUAUUUCUUUGGGGAGAAGAAUGGUGUUCUUGAUUGUAACCGAAGGUAUAAUAUUGCCUGUGACGUAGCUUCUCUAUUCUUUAUCUCCAUGAGCAAUGGGACCAACUUGUUGUGCACCGAGACAUUAAGGCAAGCAACGUAA